AUGGUGCCAAACCAGUCUUCAGGAUCAACGAUUGAGACUGAGCCAACACAACCGCACCCGGGCCCUGUGUCAUCGAUUGGAGCACCGUCCGUAGGGAACUUAUCGCUUGGCUCUGGCGCUUCAUCAGGCUUCAUUUCAUCAGCUGCCAACAACUCGGCUUCUCAGAAGAAAGCAACAGCAAGAAAACGCUCGACCGGAAGGAGUCAAGAAUCCCGAGGUAUAGAAGAUGAAAUGAGGAUUGCUGAGCAGAGGGCUCGGAUCAAAAGAUUAAAAGCCGGCCAAAAGAAAAGGGCAGGGGGGUCAAAAAAUCAAAACAAUUCAACUGCAACAUCAUCUCGAUCGCGGAAAACUACGUCUCAAUCUCGCGGGCGAACAGCGAGGUCCGAGUCUCAAUCGUCUGAUGGCCGGGACACAAAUCCUCAAUUUGUCCAAGAGGAUUACGAGAAUCUCUGUUGCUACCUUGAGGAGGAAAAGAAUUACAACCAGCUUUACGGGAUUCAAGACAAAACAGAAGUCGGAGGGACGUUUCUCAAAAAAUCGGCUGCCUAUGACGUCUUUGCAAUCUACAUCAACGACCGAUCAAACAAUCGACUCAAGCUUACGGGCAAGCAGCUACGUCAGCGAUUAGAUCGAUACAAAGCCAGAUUUGCGCGGACGAAAGAAUGGGCGGAGAAUACAGGAGCUGGUAUUGAAGAGAGUGAUGGUGCUAAUACUUUGGCGGCAAUCCUUGAGAAGAGGUGUCCGUGCUACGAACGAAUGUAUGCAAUCUUUGGAGCGAAGCAUAAUGUGACCCCAAUGGCACAGUAUGAAUCAACGAAGGGAACAGGGCUCUACAACUCGAACUCCGAACAAGACAGUGAUAUGAGCGAUCAGGCUGGAGAUAACGAGACGAUUGCCCGCAAUAUGAACAACAUCAAUUCUCCUGAGGAGAAUCAUCAGGCUGAUAACAACUGUCUGGAGGGUUGUAUGGAGACCAAUGAAGGAAAUGAGUGUGCGAUGGAUGUCGAGCACGAUGUUCAAUCAACCCGCAAUGGGACUCAUUUGGAGAGUCCAGAUAUUGAGUUGAACGAUCGGGACGGUGAAGGAGUGGGGUCGAAUGAUCGGGACGGUGAAGCGAAUGAGUUGAACGAUCAGGACGUUGAAGCGAACCCAGAUCAAGGAUUGGGAGAGCCAGACAUUCGGAUCGAAUCCGCUUCAGAAAGAAAUCAAUCCCCUUCUACUAGUCCUCUUCGCCGAGGCCCUUUGGGGUCGUCAAUGAACGCAAACUCUGCGGAUGAUUCAAGCCAAAAGAGCAAAUCAUCGGUUGCCGGGGCUUUCCAGGACUCAACCAACAAGCGCUUUGGAUUCCUGGAGUCGCACUUGAGCUGGGAGAAGGAACAGUUUCGUUACAUGCGAGCAAAAGAGCAUCGUCGGAUUGUUGCGGAGGAAGAAAGAGACAAACAACAUUUGGGAUGGGAAAGAGAGAAAUACGAUCGUCAAGAACAGCAACAACAGACAAAGGACUAUCGCAGUUUUCAACUCGAGGUUGUAAAACUCCAUCAACAUUCGAACGAGGUACAAAAUAGGAUGGCUUUGGAGAAGGAACAUGCGGACCUUCAGCGAAUGAAAUUUGAUCAAGAAGUCAAAGAGAAACAAGAACGAGUUGACUUGGCCAAGCAGAUGAUGAAUGACGGGAAAUCGGCGGCUGAAAUCGAAUCGUUGAUACGGGUCAUAUAUGGGACUCAUUGA